AUGGCUUUCUGGGGAGGCCUGCUGACCUUAAAUGGGGAUCGACUCCACUAUCGAUCCCACGAAGGGAUCCUUCACUUAGCUGCGGCAGUUCCCGUCUGUCCCAUCUACCUGCAGCAGCUGCAGCAGCAGAAACAGAAGAAGCAGCAGCAGCAGCAACAGCAGCAGCAGCAGCAGCGGGAGGCCCCUUCCUGGGUCCUGAUGAUGCGGACGGCCAAGGUGGUGAGGGCCCCCAUAGCCAGGAUCGGAGAGUUCAGACAGCCCAUUAGGAUUGUAAUUUCAGAAGACACAGAGUUUUGGCUGGAAGCAGCAGCAAAGGCCAGCAGCAAGACAGGCUGGGCAGUGCAGCUGGCGGGGGCCCUCGUGCCCCGCCCCGCAGACGACUGCAGCUGCUGCAGCAACGACUGCAGCAGCAGCAGCAUCAAGAGGAAGCGGAGGGUCGAGGCCGACGCGGACGAAGUCCCUAAGCUCGUCGAUGAGCAGCUUUACAGACAGCAGAAGCUGCUCAAGCAGCAGCAGCAGCAGCAGCAGCCGCAGCAGCAGCAGAAAAGAUCCUUGCAGCUAGAGCUGGCGCCAGAGACUAAACGGACUCCGUCCCUGGUUGAGCAGCUGAGCGGGCAGAAGGCUCACAAGCCGCAGCAGCGUCCGCCGCCCCUCUCCCAGCAGCAGCAGCAGCAACAGCAGCAGAAGCAGCAGCAGCAGCAGGGCAGCGACGAAGUGCGUGCGGGCGACGUGUACCGGCUGCCGAGCGGGGUGGAGUUCACGGUGCUGCGGACGGGGGCCCCCGGGGGGCCCCCCCGGUGCGAGCGGGGCUGCAACGUAACGAUUCAGUACAAAGGACUUUUGCUGAAGAACCGCCACUGCUUCGACAAGGGCAAAAUUACUUUCUGCGUGGGGGCCCACGAAGUCAUAAAGGGCCUCGAGUUGGGCCUCCUUGGAUGCAGAGUUGGAGAGACCCGAAGGAUCUCCAUCCCCAGUGCCCUGGGCUACGGCAAGCGGGGGGCCCCCCCCAGCAUCCCCCCCAAUGCAGACUUGCUCUUCGAGUGCACCUGCACCCGCAUCAAGCGCUGA